CACACACACUCCAAUAAGCAACCAUUCCUUGCCAGACCAUCGUCCAUGCUGGCACUGACAAUGGUCGCUCUGCCUCAACUCGAUUCAUCAGUCCUACAAGAAUGACAUUGCGAGCAGUGCCCAGCAUCCUGGGCAAAAGGGGAUUUCAGGAGCUUUACGGCUAUCCCACCAGAUUCCCCAUCCUCGCGUCACCCAAACGCCUACCUUUCGCUUACGGUGCUCGCCUCUAUGCCACCCAACAAGAAGAAGGGCGACGCGAUUCUGGCCCGCCGCCUGGGUUUGACGCCUCCAAAGCACAGCAGGAUUCGGACAGUUCCAAGCCGCAGUCUGAGUCGAAUGCUGGCUCCAAAGCAAACAGUACCCGUCCCGGUAGCAGCUCCUCCAAGUCUACGUCCUCCUCAAAAGAUCACCAUGACUGGGAAGAGAACCCUGACUUGAGUAUAUCGAAGUUUUCGGAACUUCCAACGAAAGAUUUCGGUGUCAACCAACACAUACUCAUCAAUGAAGAGUUCAAGGAAGCCCUGAGACAGAUACUGUGGAAGUUCCGCGCUCCCAUCCGCUAUGCGUUUGCCUACGGAUCCGGCGUCUUCCCUCAAAGCUCUGGCACAGUCGACGGCAACUCCAAACUCCAUCCAAGUCCUCCGGAUGCCAUAACAAAAGUCCAAGGUGGCAAUCAAAAGAUGAUUGAUUUCAUAUUCGGAGUGUCUUAUAGCCAGCAUUGGCAUUCCCUAAACUUGCAGGAACACCGUGACCAUUACUCAGCGCUUGGAUCACUCGGCUCUUACGCGGUUUCCAAGGUUCAGGACUCGUUCGGUGCCGGAGUAUAUUUCAACCCUUUCGUGACUGUGAAUGGGACACUCAUCAAAUACGGCGUGGUCAACCUGGACACUAUGUGUAAGGAUCUGUCAGAAUGGAAUACAUUGUAUAUUGCGGGACGACUCCAGAAGCCGGUCAAGAUUUUGCGAGACAAUCCCGCUGUCCGAUUAGCAAACCAGGUCAAUUUGAUUGCCGCUGUCCGCACAGCUCUGCUUCUGCUACCUGAAGAGUUUACCGAGAAAGAACUGUACUCGACCAUUGCAGGAAUCUCUUACAUGGGCGAUCCAAGAAUGACCAUUGGAGGCGAGAACCCUCGCAAGGUUGAGAACAUUGUCAAGUACCAACUGUCCAACUUCCGACGUCUCUACGCACCGCUCGUCGAGAAUCUACCUAACAUUUCUUUCACGGACUCCGCAACCUCCAACCAGGACUGGCUUGAUGACCCUUCAGUCAAUGCUAAACUAUCGCAAAACAUGGAUCCCGUAACUCGAGGUCAUAUGGUACGCCGCCUACCAGGUGCUUUCCGCAGAAAGUUGUACUUCGAAUACCAAUCCAAGUUCAAUAUCCCCCGUGGGGAAUUCAACGAGAUGCUGGAGAACACCAAAGACGAAGACCCCGACCGCAUUCGGAAGCGCGAAGGUGGGCCAUUCGAGCAACGGAUUGCUUCCGACAGUGAAGGUGGCGGGCUACGUGAAGAAGUCCGCCAGGUCAUUGAGUCGACGAUCCGCUGGCCUUCAUUCACGCAAAGUCUCAAAGGACCCCUUACGGCUGGAUUCGCUCGGAGUUGGCGAUACAUGAAAGAGAAGCGAGACAAGGCGAAGACAGGUGCUACUGCUAAAAAGGAGAAUGACGAAGAGAAGGAAAAGAUAUCAUAAAUCACCCCACAGGGAUCAAAAUGUUGGCUUGGACACGGCGGUAUGGUGUCAGCCAUACCACUUCUUUCAUUGUGUAUAUAUAUACAAAACCUGGAUGAGAUGACAGCUACUUUCCUGCGUCCCCAGACUAUAAAACACAAAUCAAAAACAUGAACACUCACGGUUUUCCACAUCUGGUCUACAGUUCCCGCUUUUCCGUUGCAGCC